UUAAAGCGCCCUCCUAGACCGGAAGCUGGUGCUUGCCCGCGCUUACCGGCCGAGGCCCUCGCUCGCCUCUGGCUGGACUGGCAUGGCGGCGGAGGGCGCGCGUGUUUCUGCGCUGGCGGUCUAUCGUUCUGCCCUCCAGCAGCGGGAGCGGCCCUCUCUGCCAGCGCCCGGCGUGUUCGUCUCCUUGAAGCGGCGGGGGAAGAAGAGACGACCCGUGAUUAAGCAGGAAGCCGCGGGGGUUACACCGGGGGCCGUCAGGGGGGAGCAGCAGAGCGAUCCCCGUUCUCUUCCAAAGGCCGUCAGUGGAGAGCAGCCUGCAGACCCCCGUCCAGUCCCGGGGACCGCCAGGGGGAAGCGGGAUGGAGUCGCCGAUGCUUCCCCGGUAGCGAGGGAGAAACUUGCAAAGAAACGAAGGGUGAGCUUGAAAGCCAACUGCACUGCGUCUCCGGAGACCCGAGAGAUGACUAGGCCGAGGAAACGCAACCGUGGCCGGACAAAUGAACAGCCCGACGUGGCGGCGGCUGCGGCGGCGGCACCAUCACCACCACUAUCAUCCCCAUCCAUCGGAGACAGCCAGGCGCUCUUCCCCCGGUGUCCUUCCUCCCUCCGGCGCCUCCUCCGUGACCUGGGGAGCAUCCAGCACAGCCGGCAGCGGGCCGCCAAGCUUUUCGAGUGGCUCCUUAGUCCGAUUUCCCCGCAGUGCUUCUUUGAUCAAUAUUGGGAGAAAAAGCCCCUCCUGAUCCACAGGCACAACCCGAAUUAUUACCAGGGCCUCUUCUCCACCGCCGAGUUUGAUGCCAUUCUGCGUGACAAUGAUGUCCAGUUCGGUGUCAACUUGGAUGUGACCAGCUAUGCAGAUGGGAAAAGAGAGACGCACAACCCAGUGGGCAGGGCGCUGCCGGCCGUGGUGUGGGACUUCUACAAGCACGGGUGUUCGCUCAGGCUGCUAAACCCCCAAGCCUUUUCUUCCACCGUUUGGCAGUUCCUCGCCAUCCUACAGGAGCACUUUGGCAGCAUGGCUGGUGCCAACACCUACUUGACUCCCCCUGGUACCCAGGGCUUUGCACCUCAUUAUGAUGACAUUGAAGCUUUUGUAAUCCAGUUGGAAGGAAAGAAGCACUGGCGGGUUUACAGCCCUAGGAGAGAGGCUGAAGUAUUGCCUCAGUUCUCCAGCAACAACUUUAGCCAGACAGAGAUCGGAGAGCCCAUUGUAGAGACUAUAUUAGAAACAGGGGACCUCCUGUAUUUCCCCCGUGGUUUUAUCCAUCAAGGGGACUGCCUUCCAGAUGCCCAUUCACUCCAUAUAACGGUUUCCUCAUACCAGCGAAAUUCCUGGGCAGACCUGUUGGAAAAGCUCCUCCCUGCAGCAUUACAGAUCGCUGUUGAAGAAGAUGUGGAGUAUCGCCAAGGUCUGCCUAUAGACUACUUAGAGUACAUGGGAGUCUUAAACUCGGAUCAUGUUGAUCCUCGCCGUGCUGCCUUUAUACAAAAGAUCAAUACUUUAAUAACUAAACUGGUGGAUUACGCACCAGUUGAUGCUGCGGUGGAUCAAAAAACCAAGGCUUUUCUUCAUGAUUGCCUCCCUCCAGUUCUGAAUGAGAGCGAAAAAGCACUGAGUGUGUAUGGACAUCCAGCACGUUGGGAGAAUGGAAACAUUCAGAAUGUUGAUGUUCAGAUCAAGGGAAAGACACAGGUACGUCUACUUCGGUAUGGCAUUAUCAGGUUGUGCAAUGAAGGAGACAGCCUAUUGCUGUAUUAUACGACAGAAAAUUCAAGAGUGUACCACAAGGAGGAGCCCAAGUAUUGUGAAAUAGAGCCUGAAUAUGCAGAUGGUAUUGAAUUUUUGCUGUCUUCUUACCCAAAUUUUAUCAGCGUGAAAGCCCUUCCUUGUGCUACGUUGGAUGAUAAGAUUGCUUUGGCCACUGUUCUGUUUGAGAAGGGAUUGUUGAUUACUAAGAAACCUCUAUCAUCUCUAUAAGAUAUCAUUCAAAUAAAUACAUUUUUGAAUAAAAA